UUCAUUUCUAGGAGUUUACAGAUUUAGACAGCAGAAGUGUUAAUCAACCAUCUCGAGCUAAACAACCUCUGCUGUCAUCACACUCACGCGUGAAUUCUGACGUGCUGCUCCAAUCGUGAACGAUUCAUUUAGUCGGUUUAGAAUAGAACAGGGAUCCUCCCCCGUGCGGGUGGCGGACAGACAGUCUUGCAGAUACGCUGUUAGUAGGGCGACACCCGACUACCGGAUAACAAUGAGCGAUAUUUCAAGAUAUUCAACCAAUUAACAAAAUAAUAAAUAGGUAGCUAGGUAGGUAACGUGAUCUGCGGUGUUUAUCGCAUUAAUGUAAAGAUGGCGAGAGUUUUCCACAACUUGCUCAUGUUUACAAUGGGACUCACGCUGAGGAUCCGAGUUUUGGGGUAUUGGUCGUUGAUAUACGGUUAUUGUGGCCUCUGCACUGCCGUAGCGCUGCUGAAACUUUGGUGGAACAUCAUUUUAAGGCCGUCAACAACCUUCCAGUGGGGAAUUCGCGAAACUCCCCCUGCAUGCCUGAACGACACGUCCUUGGGAACCCACUGUUAUGUUAGAAUAAAGGAGUCUGGUCUGAGGUUUCACUAUGUUGCUGCUGGAGCGAGAGGGAAACCACUCAUGCUGUUUUUGCAUGGCUUCCCAGAGUUUUGGUUUUCCUGGCGCCACCAGCUGCGUGAGUUUAAGAGUGAGUACCGUGUGGUGGCUGUUGACAUGCGAGGCUACGGGGAGUCUGACUUGCCAUCAUCCACAGAGAGCUACCGCUUUGACUACCUGGUCACAGACGUCAAGGACAUUGUGGAAUACCUAGGUUACAACAGAUGUUACCUGGUCGGCCAUGAUUGGGGAGGAACCAUCGCCUGGCUGUUCGCCAUCCACUACCCCGAGAUGGUGACCAAACUCAUUGUCCUAAAUUGCCCCCAUCCCUCUGUCUUCACUGAUUAUGCCCUGUGUCAUCCCAGCCAGCUGCUCAAGUCCAGCUACUUCUUCUUCUUCCAGCUGCCUCGUUUCCCAGAGCUCAUGCUCUCCAUCAAUGAUUUUAAGGCGCUGAAGUGCCUGUUCACCAGCCGUAGUACAGGGAUUGGGAGGAAGGGUCGAUGGCUCACUGCAGAGGACAUGGAGGCCUAUCUCUACGCCUUCUCCCAGCCAGGGGCCCUGACCGGGGCUCUCAACUACUACAGGAAUGUCUUCAGCUCCCUCCCACUGAGCCAGAAUGAUGUCAAGUCCCCAGUGUUGUUGUUGUGGGGAGAGAGGGAUGCCUUCCUGGAGCAGGAGAUGGCUGAGGCGUGCAGGGUCUACAUCAGGAACCACUUCCGACUCAACAUCAUCUCUGGAGCCAGCCACUGGCUACAGCAGGACCAGCCUGACAUCGUCAACACACUCAUUUGGACCUUCCUCAAAGAGGGAGAGGGCCGCAAAACCUACAGGAACUGAAUCUAGCGAGGGGUAUGUCCCAAAUGGCACUCUAUUCCCUUUAUAGUGCACUAUAUAGGGGAAUAGGGUGCCACUUGGGAUGCAAUCCUAGAACGAGGCCUCCUCCCUCUCUCCGUCACUCCCUCUCACCCUUUGUCCCCACCAGCCACCCCUACCACUGGAAGCCUAGAAUAUGCCUGUGAAAAACCAACCAACAUAACGAUAAUGCAAUCAUUCUUUCAAUCUUUACACAUUUCAGAUCUUUUUUAAGAUGUCAAAAGAAAAGGACACUGAGUAGUACAGUAGUAUGUUUGACACAUAUUAAAUACUUUUCUGCACAUGACAUCUGCCUUAAAGUUUGUAGGUUACAACAUUACAAAUGUAUGGCAUAAUCUCCUUGUGAGUUUGUAUUGUGUGGUGCCUUUUAACGUAAUGUUGUAUAAUGUUUUGCAGCGUUGUAAAGUUGUGCCAUGUCUUCUAAGGUUGAGCUGUGGCGUUGGUCUGCUGUAUGUGUCACUGGAUUGCUCCUCUCACAAUCCUUUGGGAUCCCUCUUGUCCCACACCCUGGGUUUGUCCCAAAUGGCAUCCUAUUCCCUAUUUAGUGCACUACUUUUGACCAGGACCCCAUGGGGCUCUGGUCAAAAGUAGCACACUUUUACAGGGAAUAGGAUGCCAUUUGGGACGAAGACCCUCUCUAUCAGGUAGUGUUGUCUUAAUGAAAAUAUUGUUAUUUUUGUAUUAUUUUUUGGGACUAUUUGCUCAGUUAUUUGAGAAUGUUGUUUAUUAUGAUAUUCCUGUAUAGAACAACAGUGAUGGUUAAAUAUUGUACACUUUUUUGUUUGUAUCUAUUCCUAUCUCUGAAAUCCACUGAGCCAGGUCUGCACCAUUUUCAUUUUUUAAGCAAAUAAACU